CACUCUGCCCAUUCCCUUGCCACUCUGUGCCCACUCCUCCCUUCGCCAGGCACCGCCCCUUCUCGCAUUCAAGGAGUUGGAAGCGAGUUGAGCUGCUCGGUCAGAUCUGUCUUCCUGGCUCUCAUGGCUGGGGGAGAUGCUGCUGCUUGCAGGACAGCGCAGGAGUGAGUCGCAGUCGCACGCGUCAUGAGCGGCAGUGGUGCGACAGAGGGAUGCAGGAUCCCCAAACUAAGAUGCUUUAAAUAGUGAUUGUGCGCCUCAAUGUCUGUGGAUGGUACCAAGCCUUGAAAAAGUAGCUUUUCCACUGCCCUUGUGCACCAUGCGCUGUGCCAACUGGAUUACCAAGUGACUCUUUCAUCUGUGGAGUGGGAUAUGGCUUCCUCGAACUCUCUGAUGCCCCUUAUGGGGAAACCCACCGGGAUAGUGCCCUCAUGGCACCUGCUCUUGGCUCUCCUGCUGCUCUGGGAAGCCACAGAGAGUCGAGUGACAAUGGACAGCAUUCAACGUUUUUCAUCCCUCCCUGUGUAUCUGCCGGUGAACUAUCAUGUUUGCAAUGCCGAGGUUUCCUUCCUCCUUAAAGAGGUCAACCAGGACCUUACAAAGAAUUCUAGUUUGCAGACCCGGACAGAACCACUUUUUAUCUACAAAGCCAAAAUACCACCUGUAAUAAAUGCCACAUAUGGACCUUAUUCAGCUGAGCAGACCGUACCAAAACAUUUAAUGAUGACCUCAAGUACUUUCAGUUCAACCAAUAAAUUCACAUUUAACUGGCAAAUAAAAUCCCAUAUUAUAGAGAGUUCUAUAUAUUCUAACAAACCCAAAAUACAGGCUUUGUUUUAUAUAACAGGGAAAGAUUGGAAUGAUUACCACCCAUCUGAGAUUUUACCAUGUGUAAGGCUGGUGGCACUUCUAGAAAACAGAGAAAUUUCAUCAAGCUGUAGACUCAAAGGAAGUUUAGGAUUGUGUGUGGCAGAACUGGAGUUGUUACCAAGCUGGCUAGGUACAUCUUCUGCAGAAGAUCAAAAGGAUUCUGUUCCAUCCCAAGGAGUACCUGUGGAAUUGCAUCACAUCAUCUACUCCACUGGGGAGGAUGAAGAGUGCUUAUCAGCAGAAACAAAGUGGACCAACAGCAUUCAGUCAGAGAGAGACUCUAAUCAAAAGGUGUCCCCACCAAUGGAGAGAAUUGGAAGUGUUGUUGUUUAUCCUUCCCAAAACACCUUGAGCAUGUCAGUGCUGAGAUUAGAUCGCAAUAUUCAGAUUCGAUUUCCACCAAGUCCAGUGAAAGUGGGGGACACUGUGACCUUCUCUGUGUACAUAGUGGGAGGCUCACCCACACAUCAGCUCACAUUAAGGGUUAAGACAGCACAUGGUGCUAAAGUCCUGUCUGUAAGAGUGACUGAUCCUGAACAGUGGAAGGUGCAGAGACAGAUGGAAAAUGGAGAUAAAUACACAACUGCCACUCUUGUCUGUGUGCAGCACAGUCCUGUGAUCCAGAGCAGCACCAAUGAAUCUCUGUAUGAAAUUCUACAAAUGGACUUUGAAAUGGGCCUCAGUAGUGGUCUGGCCGGGGCCCAGCAGAUCACGUGGCAAGUGGAAUAUCCAGAAGAAGACUCGGUCAGUGAGCUGAUGAUCUCUGAAAUCUUUGUCAGCCAGACUACGUUUGCUGGGAUUGUCCCUCUUGCCAUGGACACAGAACUUCUAAAUACAGCCAUCCUGACAGGAAGGGCAGUGUCGGUCCCUGUGAAGGUGGUGGCUGUGCAGCAGGAUGGUUCUGUGAUUGAUGUAUCUGACUUCUCCGAGUGCAAGUCAGCAGAUGAAGAUGUCAUAAAGGUUUCUGACAGAUGUGAUUCAAUUUUUGUCAAUGGCAAAGAAAUGAAGAGUAAAGUGGACACCAUUGUUAAUUUCACUUACCAGCACUUUACCACUGAGUUAGAGGUAACUGUCUGGGCUCCACGCCUUCCCCUGCAAAUAGAAAUAUCAGACACUGAGCUGAGCCAGAUCAAGGGUUGGAGGAUCCCAGUUAAUAUGAAUAAAAGACCAACCAGAGACAGUGAAGAUGAAGAGGAUGAUGAGAAGAAGGGACGAGGAUGUUCUCUGCAAUACCAGCAUGCAUUAGUACGAGUCUUUACACAGUUUGUAGCUGAAUCUUCUGAGGCUGGGCAGCUGACCUACAUGCUGGGUCCUGAUUGGCAGAUGGACAUUACUGACCUAGUGAGUGACUUCAUGAAGGUGGAAGAACCUAGGAUAGCUACAUUAGAAUCUGGGAAGGUCCUUGUUGGACGUGAUCAAGGAAUAACCACAGUACAGGUCCUCUCACCCCUGUCUGAUUCAAUCUUGGCUGAGAAAACUGUUACGGUGCUGGAUGAUCGGGUAGGCAUAGUGGAGCUGGGAGUGCAGAUCAUCACAGGACUGUCCUUGUCUGUGCAAGCAAACAGAAUCAACAAGAGAGCCAUCUUAACAACCACAUCCGCUAGUGAUAUCCUGCAUGAUUAUAAACAGGAAGCCGUCCUCAGUGUGUGGACACUGUUUAGCGAUGGCUCAGUAACACCCCUGGACAUUUAUGAAAGCAAAGACUUUUCUAUCUUAGUGUCUUCACUGGAUGAGAUGGUUGUAUCCACCUAUCAAAAUCCUCUGUCAAACUGGCCAGUUGUGGUUGCAGAAGGAGAAGGCCAGGGCCCUCUCAUAAAAUUAGAGUUGGGAAUUAGUGAGAUCUGCCAAAAGUCUAAGCGAAAGAGUAACCUUGCUGUUGGCAGUGGAAUCGUUAAAGUUAAAUUUGGCCAAAAGGAUUCUGAUCAAAAAGCAAAUAUUAAUGAAAUACAUACUGCAGAUGACGAUUUUAAGAAACACACAAGUAAAACAACUGAAAAAGUUGCAGAACAAGAAAGAACUGCAAAUGAACGGCCCAAACAUGGAUCAUCUGUAAGCAAUUUUGAAGAUAAUAACAAAAAUAUGACAUCUGAUUCACCUGCAGACUACCACAACAACUAUUAUGAUGGUUACAUACAAAUUAUUCCUGUCACUUAUACCAUUUUCCCUACGCGAAUAGUAUCUUCGGAACACAAUCGGGAGAGUGAACUCACACAAGCAUCCAGGGGGCUGACAGACUUAGAAAUUGGCAUGUAUGCCCUUCUUUGUGUCUUUUGCCUUGCGAUUUUAGUCUUCUUAAUUAAUUGCGUGGCAUUUGCAUGGAAAUAUAGAAACAAAAGGUUCCCUGUAGCUGAUCAAGCCAAUAUCCCACACUCUCAUGAUUGGGUAUGGCUUGGAAAUGAGGUAGAACUACUGGAGAACCCAGCAGAUACUCCCCUUCCAGCAGACGAAUGUACUACGAUGAUUGACAGGAGGCCGCAGUUUGAAGAGAGUAAUUUUCUUCUCAAUGGUGGUUCCCAAAAGAACCCAUAUAGCCAAAUCGUUCAGCCAUCUGAUUACAAUUAUGAAAAAGAUGCCCACAUUGAGCCAUUAAAUCCAGGGGGGACAAAAAGGAAACGAGUAAAGUUUACCUCUUUCACUACUGUCUUACCUGAAGAAGGGGGUCCCUACACCAAUGCAGUCAUUUUUGGAAAUGACGAAAACAUCAAGUGGGUUUGCAAAGAUAUGAAACUUGGAGAUUCACAACAGCUUAAAGACUAUAUGGAUAGCCUCCAGGACAAUCUGUAAAAUAUUUUCCUGUGUUUAUAUUCACCUUUAUGCCUUCUGUUUCUUUCUUUUUUUUUCUUCCUUUUUUUAAGGGUGGCACUAUUCAAUCAGCAAUAGGAAAAGAACAAAACCUACAAGGUUAAAGUCAUUUUACAAUGUCAGUGCUGCCAAUGCAUUUUUUUUGGCACUGAAAUAGAAUGUAUGCCUAGGAAAAAAAUGUCAAAGUGUAAUUCAUCUCAAGAUUUGAAGCUACAUAAUGCUUUUAUAGAAGGUCUUACCGUAAUCGUAGCUAAAUGUAACAAUGAAAGUCGCAACAAUUAACAGAAAAUAAGAGGUUAAUCACUAGAGUCUCUGGCUCUUUACUCUUCAUUGAAUGUAUUAAGGAAAAGGUUAUAUUGAAUAUGAACCUGUCUUCUUAAUUACUGCGAAUCCAAAUGCAAAUUUAACUGCAGUGUGGAAUUAAUAAUUAAAAGCACAGUGGACUUUUCUUGUUUUAUCAGUUCCCAGUAACAAAGUACAACAUUUGGAGCUCAAUUAUUUCAACAUGCUUUUUGUUUUGUUAAAGGCACUGUUUAUAUAUCCAUGAUGUCUACAUAACUGACCCAAAACUUUAUUCACUUUAGAACGGGAGGAAUUGUUGGGCACUGACAUUAAACGCAUUCAUAAAACUGUUCCUCCCUUACCCACUGAUGCCAAUGACUAAAACUAAAAUAAGACAAUAUGAUUGGGCUAUGCAGGCUUUCUUCUAUAAGAAAUUAUACCAAUAUACUGUAGUACAUGAAGAGAAUCUUAUAUGAAAUUGUACCUUAUCUAGGAGAAGUUAUUUUCAAUUCCAUGGGCCCAUCAUAUUUUUACAGUGAACCACUUUUCUGUGCUGAUUUAUAUAAAAGGUUUAUUUUUCUUUUA